UAAAGGCUUGAGGAAGCCGAGCAAACAUCUCUAAGUCGGGAUCCAUCGACUUCUAUCAUCCACAAACGGUUGAACGCUCCGCCAAGUCGCCGAUUCUCUUAGCGGUUUCAUCCUCCGUCAGACGCCAACACGCAGCACAUCAGCAGCACCGCAGCACGCCUCUUCAGUCGUCAACUACUCACAUCACUCCCGUCGCUCAGUCGCCUGCUCUCAGCCACUCAACCUUCAGCGGCUCAGUCAAUCGGCGCUUCCCUCAAUUUUCACAUCCAACCAUUCAUAGUCCCGAGACAUGGAUUGGGCUGCUGUGCAUAAAAUCUGGGAUAAGUGGGCAUCUAACAACUUUGGUUGUUCAGAUCAACAUUUGAAGGCUGCUUUGCUUUUAAACUACGAUCCAAACGGACCCUCCCGCCUUCUAUCGGCUAUUGUAGCUCAAGAGGGGAUAAAAGCAGAUCUAACAGAAUUGGGCCAGAUUGUUAACUUUGUUAAGAGCAAUAAGCUACAGACUGAGAGUUUCUAUCUCAGGCAGAACCAAUAUCUUGUCACAUCAAUUCAUGAGACCUGGUUUUGUGCAAGAUGCAUGAACACUUCUAAACCUGCUGGUGAAGGUGUAAUUGUCAUGCAAACUGCAGCAUUCCUCUUGAUUGGACUGUAUGAGGGCUCCAUAGGCCCAUCAUCUCAUGCAAUGGUAGCUCUUGAUCAGCUUGCAUGCCAACUAAGUAGAAGAAAUCUUUAAAUCGGUGUGUUUGGACGUGUGGAAGUGAAAUUCAUAUGAAUAAUCCUUACUUUUAAGGAUUCUACAAUAAUAAUCCCUACUCAGAGUGUUUAUAAAAAUAAUCCGAACUAGCAAUGGUGUCCAUAAUAAUAAAUUAGGGUGGAUUCAAAUUAAUGUCUUUUAAUACUCUUGACACUUACUUUCACUUUUCUCUUCCCCACUCUUUUUCUUGGGGUAAAUUCAAACUAAAACACGUUUAAUCUUAACACCAUUUCCUUCAUAUGUGCUUCUCUUUAUGUUGGAACAUAAAAAUGUUAACCGAGAUGAAGAGUGAUGAAUGGGAAAGUGGAGAUAUUGGAUUGAGAGUAUUAAAUGUGCAUUAGUGUGAAUUUACUCUAAUUUUUUCUUGUGUACACUAUUGCUAGUACGGAUUAUUUUUAUGAACGCUCUCAAUAGGAAUUAUUAUUGUAGAAUCCAUAAAAGUAUGAAUUAUUUUGAAUUUUACAUUUCCUUUCUGUAAUAGUUGUAUGGUACCUACUACUACCGAUCUAUUUGCCACUGUUGAUUCUUUUUCCUUCCAAAAAGUUCAUGCGUAAUUAUUAAAUCAGGUCUGAAAAAAGACCACUUUCACCAAUGCAAUUGAUUUUACUUUUAGUAAGAUGCC